GAGACGUGCGAGAUGCUGGUGAUGGUGGUAGGGGCUAUAGUACAGACGCUCACACGGCUGAAAGGUGUUGCUCUGUAGGAGCUCAGAGAGGAGGCCUACAGUCUCGUAGACAGUCGUCUUGGGAGAAAAGGUCAUCCAGACUUCUCACAGCGAGACAGUGUUUAUACCAGACGGCCUGUGAUUGACAUACUGCAUUCGGAAACCAAAGGGAGGAGAUAUCGGCUGGCCGAGCGUUUAUUAUGGCCCCGCUACUUGGCCUCAUCUUCACCUUAUGGCCUGUCAGCAGAGUUUGUCAAGGAUAUCUCAGUGAUCCCUGGAGCAGCUGUCCUGUCGACAAAAUGUGCAAGGCCAAGUUUGCCAACGGCAUUUGUGAUAAGGAGUGCACCGCUCCACAGUGCCUGAGAGAUGGAUUUGACUGUGUCAAAGCCAAAGAACCCUGCAGGCCAGGCUACGUGCAGUACUGCCGUGACCACUACAACAACAAGUACUGCGAGCACAGCUGCAACACCGCCCCCUGCGGGUGGGACGGCUCUGACUGCUUCCAAACCCAGCAGUCCAACUGGGCCAAGGGCACGCUGGUCCUGCAGACCUCCAUCCCCUUCCAGAAGGGUCCGUUUCAGAAUGGGUCACUGCUAUGGGCUCUCAGUGUCCUGCUCCAGACUAGCGUCAAACUCAGGGGGACAGUGCCUUUCCCCACCAGUAGUGACCUCUCCAGCCUGGAACCUCAGCAGCUGGUAGAGCUGCACCGCCAGCAACCUGCCCACAGGAGCAACGGGUCACUGCUGUUCCUACAGGUGGACAACAGACCAUGCACCCGUCUGCAGCACGCCUGUUUCCCAUACGCGGCUGAGGGAGCGGGCUUCCUGAGCGCCAUGCUGGAGCUGAACCAUGCCACGGACCUGGUCCGGUCCGAGUUCGUCUCGCUAGUCGCCAUCCGGGGGAUCGAACAAGAGAUCGCAGUGAAAGAAACCAUCGCGGGGGUGCCCAGUGACUCGCCCGCUUGGCUGUGGCCUGUGGUGGGUGUGGCAGCAGGCGUGGGCGUGGCCCUAGCCGUGGUGGGCGUGGCACUGCUUGUUUGGACCAGGAGAAGAAGGGAGAGGAGAGGGGGAGGCGAGAGAGCACGCCACAGGUCCGCCGCCACAGACGACAGCAACGGCAGCAAGGCCUGGACUCAGCGCUCGGGGCGGGGCAGGAGGGACAGCGAUAGGGACAGGAGCGGUGUGAAGAAGAAGAAGAAGAAGAAGAAGAAAGGGAAGGAGACGGGGAAGAGACGCAGCGAGCCACUCGGAGAGGACGCCAUCCAGAUGCGGCCUCUCAGGAAAGCCCUGGACAUCGGAAGCGACACAGACGUCACCCAGAGCUCCAUGGAGGACAUCACUCGGACAAUCUGCGACCACAGGUCGCCAGCCCAGAAGCAUUUCGAGCUCAGCCAACAGCAGCCAACCACACAAGCAGCGCCAAGGUGGGAGAGGAGCCCUGCUCCUGCACAGCAGCGGACCACGGCCAACUCGGCCCCGGUGCAGUGGUGUGGCCCGGACGGCUCCGUCGUACUGAUCCGAGCCGUGCGCAGCGGACUGGAUCGGGUGGUGCUGGAACUGCUGAGGGCUGGCGUGCCCGUCAACAACACCGACCACACCGGGAGAUCUGCCCUGCACUGGGCAUGCUCAGUAAAUCACCUCUCAUUGGCUCGGAUACUGAUACGCUACGGUGCUGCAGUAGAUCUGCAGGAUAACAAGGGUGAGACUGCUCUCUUUCUCGCCGCCCUUCAUGGUUGCUACGAGACUGCCAGAUUCCUCCUCUUAAAUGGGGCAAACCAAGACCUGACAGACCGCAGGGGCCGUCGGCCAAUAGAUGUGGCUCAGGAAGCAUUGCAUCAUCAGGUGCUCGAGCUCCUAUUGGCCCACAGUUUCCAGCGGAGUCCAUUUCCUGUGGACUCAGCCACUGAGGUGCUGUGGGACGAUCGUGGUUACUUGUAUUCCCCGUGGGCGGCAUCACCUCCUAGCCUACCAGGAAGAAGCUCGUCCUUUUCUGGGGUCAUAGGUAACCGAGACCUGUCUUCACCACCCCCAAGCACUGACUGGCUAACAAGCAGAGCACAGUGCGCCUCUCUCCAGAACUGGCGCCCCAUGCCAAACCAAUCCGCCACGGCUCUGGUAAGCCCCAGGAUUCUCGGUCACCCAUCCCGGCCAAUCAGCACACUCCAGGAAGUGACUUCAGAAGCGGAGGAAGAAGAACGCGAACCGCAGGACAUUUCCAGGGUGACGUCACAUCACUUCCUGUCUCCCCAGCCAGCACCACGGCAACGUUCCUUUUCUUGCACUCAGCAUGCGCUGCAGCGCCGCUCGACUAGCAACCAAUCGGAGUUGCCUGCACCCAUCGCACCAGAGAAACGAGCCAAUGAACACGUAGAGAUAGUGAUCGUGCCCCAUCCUAAGGCAAUCCCCAGCCAACCAGAGAGUAAAAGUGCAUGGAUGUUCACGAACAUGGCUCCAACAGACUCUGAAAGAGAACGCAAGAAGAGCUGUGAACAGAAAACCGACAGUCAGUAACGAAUCCAUGUCAGUCCAGACUGUUAUGUGACAUGUUUGAGUUCAAAAUAUGUAUUAAGUGCAAUAAUAUAAAUAUAGUGUGUAUGAAUAUAUUUCGAAAUUGAUAACCAUAACAUUUCCAAUCAAGUUUUAUUUUGGCUUAACUAUAAGAAAAUGAUUAAGUUGUUGACCAACUCAAUCAAUAAAAAGAAAUGAUAAAAACUCCAAUGGUCAGAGACAGAGCUCAUGCCUUCGACAAGAGAACCACAGAACGGUCCCCGAGACAGCUCGCCUGGGGCUCGCAUUGGGUUUGUAUGACACGACACAUGCGUGUGAGGAACAGCUUCUGUAAGUUCUCUGAAAUAAGAAGCCUUCUCCUAGAGGUAGUGAAUGUGUACACAGUCUUUAUUGUAAAAGAGGUAGAGAAUACAGGUGUUUCACUGUACAGAGAAAAGACAGCACUGUUGAUAUACGCAUUCAAACUGUAAAUAAAGACAGCAAACACACCCCAUUCAUAUAAUAGGUACACACAGUAAAAAAGAGAAACACACAAAAAAACCCAAAAACAAACAAUCUUUGGAUUAUUCUCUAUUGCCCCCUUUACCCAUGCCAAUUCUUCUCUAUCUGAACUUUAAUGAAACAAUAUGAGUUAGAAUAGCAGUGAUAAUAACAAUAGGA